GUUGUUUUAUUAUUUGCUACGUUUGUCAACAAGUCUGACUUCAAUGUGACUAUCGACGUGUACUGUAUUACGAUUCAGAACACUAGGGUAGGCCAUAUUUCAUAUUUGGCUUUCGGCUGGGAGAAUGUGUCCGACCAAACCGUGUGUUACUAGUGGAGCAAAGUGCUCUCCGGGCUUUUUCGAAAAUGUGCCCUGUUUUACUUUUGUCGAUUCUUAUGAGGCUUUUAAACUGAACCGCUGCUGCGUCUGUAGUUGAAGUCGCCAGAAUACGCAGAACGCCAAAUCACGACAGAAGUCAUCCAAAGGUACGUUUCGAUGCGGACAAAUGAAUUGGGGCGAUAAGACGUAAAAGCCUAUCGUAACAGUCUCCGUAUGCGAUGCAAAUAUGGAUCGGAAAAGUGCGAGCACAAGCCUGAAGGCAUCGGUGUUCAACGUGCGGCCCGAGAGGCAUUUGUGGACCGCUUAUUCAAAUAAUCCGAAAAAAUUACACACGCACGUUACCGUCGCAAAAGCUUUCGUUCUGUAUUCAAAAGAGGAUUUUGCACUUUGGUAGUAGUGGAAGAGGCGCACAAACGUAUCACGGAGGUUCAGAUAGUAACCUAAUUAUUUGAUCUCUGCGAUAGUUUGCGGGAGGCCAUUAAAGCCAUGUUUAAUGAAAGUACUAAACUGAAAAACUACGGUCCAUAUUCGAGCGUACUAAGCAGUACUAGAUACACAAGUACAAGAUAGCACACAUUUUUUUUUGUCCAAAAUGAGAUAUCACACUAAUACUUUUUGCUUUGUCACCAUGAACACCAAUCAGAGAUGACAUUUUUUUUCAUGAAAAACCUCUAGAUUUUACUGCUUAAGCAUAUUGUUUUGGUUUGAGCAUUUUUCAUAGACAAAAGAUAAAGUGGGCACUUCUCUUGCUUGCAUUUUUCUGAAUGUGGCACUCAUCCCUUUAAAAUGAUUGCUUGUCUAGCAACGUUUGUACAAUCGAAUUAAAUGCAGUUGUGUUGUCGGUGGCAGAAUUACUGCAGAAUAGAGAGAGAAACCAGUUAGUAGCGUUCUUGAAGGUGAAGACGCAAAGAUGGAGCAGACUAACGAGAGCAUCGUGGUAGUCUCGAGGCAGCGUGGGCCUGUGGCGACAUGAUUCAAUGAUGGUCCUGGUCACGGUCUCGGUCCCAGUCCCGGUCAAGGUCAAGCUGUGCACAUCAUUCUGACUUCUGGAUGUUCCCGGUGAAGCAAGUCACAUGAGUGCUGUGUGAAGAAGGACAUGAUACCAGACCCCGCGUCUGCAGCCGCAUCCGGACCCUCUAAGCUCAAUAAAAGCUCAAGCCAGGCCGAGAAAAACCCCUCAGGAGCUGUGAACAAUUCCGAGGAUGAGUCCGGCAACGAGAACCGACGCAGGAGGGGGCGGCGUAGGAAAAGAACUCACAAGGAAGUGGAGAAUGUCACGAGCGAAAAGGCCGAAAGUGGGCGCGGCAGCGUCGGAAAGGACAACGUCUGCCGCCGUAAACGCGCGCACGCGGAAGCCGUCACUUUGUUCGAUGUCAUCUCCAUGGGUCCGAGCGCCAUGCGGGCGGUGAUCGACGGCUGGAAGGAGGCGUACGCCGAGGACAGAGACGCGGCCCUCCUCGACCUCGUCGGCUUCUUCGUCCGGUGUUGCGGCUGCAAAGGUGUGGUCACAGCUGAAAUGUGUCACGCCAAAGGCGACAGCAAGGCCAUGGACAAGAUGGUGGACGAGUUGGUGGAGGACUCGGAUGAGGUUGCCGGGCUGCAGUCCCAGAAGUUUCUGGCUUUUCCGUGGAUUCUCACAUUCACUUGGCCCACGCAUGCAGACAGCAGCGAGUACCCGCUGAUCCAGCCGGCGCCGCGCGGCCGACGCUUCCACUCGGAGCUGUGCGACUUUGUGCGCAUGUUGGUGUGCCGGUGUCGGCGCAGCCUCAUCUUCGACGGCUACUUGAUGACCGCGCUCGUCUCCCUGCUCUCCCACCUCUCCGACUCUCGCGUACGCGCUUUCCGACACACCUGCACGCUAGCAGCGGUAAAACUGCUGAGCUCGCUGAUUGACGUGGCUGUCAGUCUGAGCACGAGUGUUGAAAAAAGUCCAAAGCUGCAGCAGGCGCAGAGGCCAAGCCGACAGAAGACUCAGGCAGAGCGAGCGCUACAGGAAGUGGAGGAGGUGCGGGAGAAGAGAGCCGAGCUGGAGCGCACGAUGGACGUCAUUUUCAAGGCCGUCUUCCUCAAGCGCUAUCGUGACGUGCAUCCGGAAAUCCGUUCCCUCUGCGUGGAGGAGUUGGCCUUGUGGAUGCGGCGCUACAGCUCUGUGUUCCUCACCGACACUUACCUCAAAUACAUGGACUGGAUGUCAUACGACAAGAUUCCGGAUGUGCGUCUCAAGUGUGUUUUCGGCCUGCAGAGUUUCUACGGCGACCCCGUUCUUCUGCCUGAACUGGACCUCUUCACCGGCCGCUUCAAGGAUCGUCUGAUCGCCAUGACGCUGGACAAGGACAACGAAGUUGCUUUCCAGACCAUGAGAUUGCUGCUGCUCAUCUCCAAAACGUGCGAAGAUGUGCUCAGCGCAGAUGACUACGAGCUUCUCCUGCGGCUGGUUUAUUGUUCGCAGCGCCCCCUCGCGGCCACAGCUGGUGAGCUGCUGUUCUUCAGGCUUCUGAGUGCCGAUGAGGCUGCCGCUAACAAUCGGGAUGAAAAGAGUCAAGAGGAGGCUCAUAAACGACAAAGUUUUGCACGACUCAAGGCCCUGCUGGAAUUCUACCAGAACUCUAAGCUGCACGCGCACGUGGUCUACCUCGUGGACAGCCUGUGGGACUGCAGCGGAGGGCUGCUGAAGGACUGGCCCGCUAUCACCUCUUUACUGCUGCAAGACCCUCACAGUCCCUCGCCGGGUACAGGCCUCACUCGGGAGGAAGAAGCGCUGCUAGCGGAGGUCGCGCUCGCCUCCGUGCGUCAGGCGUCCGAGGGGCCGACGCUGGCCGGGAGGAGCGGCGCGAAGAAGGUGAUGAGUUCCAGAGAGAAGAAAGUUCAGCUCGAUGACUGCGCAACGCUCACGCAGCAUUUCCUCACCGUGCUUCCGCACUUGCUGGCCAAGUUUUCAGCUCGCUGGGACGUUGUUGCCUCCCUGAUGAGGAUUCCUCAGUACUUCCUGCCAGAGAGCCCCGCGGCCCAAAACACACAGUCGGUCUCCAGACUGUUAGCGGACAUCGGACUGGUCCUGGAGGCCCACGCGGACGGCGGCGUCCCGGAGGCGGCGUCCCGCUCCUUCCUCCGUCUUUGCGCAGAGGAGAGCAGCUGGGGCCCCACGGCGCGGCCCGCCAGGGAUUCCAUGGUCCGGGGCUGGGUGGAGCACCUGCAAGUCCUGCUGACCGACUCCCCGGAGGGUUCCAUCUUCUCUGCUGACGAGGAGCAAACUGGAGACAUUUUAGUCACGCUGAAGAAACUCUGCGCUUUCCACAACUGUCACGAUCUGUCCUGCUGGAACCUGUUCGAUCUGCUCUCCCCGCUCCUGCCGGUCCACGGCGGCCAAGAGGGGCCGCCACCUCAGGUGCUGAAGGAAGUGUUACAAUGUCUGUGUUACUGUGUUUUCUGGUCUCUGAGCACAAGCGGUGACAUUCUGACCUCCAGGGAAGAGGCCGAGUGCCAGAGGCUUCAGUUGCGUGUGCUCAGCGAGGCAAGUCAUCGUUGUCUCUCCCACGCCGACCACAGCGUCAGGCGGCAGGCGUUCCUGGGAGUGUGCGACGUCCUGAGCGCUCACUCCUACCAGCGACGAGUGCGGCAUCCCACCUCCUGGAGCCCCCUGCCCUACACGCCCACGCCCAAACUGCAGAUGGCGCUGUUGAACUUUGUGUGCAAGAACGUCUUCGUCGACGCGGACUGCGACCGCCAAAGCGAAGCCGGCCGACACGCCGAGAAGGAGAAGGAGAAGGAGGAUGAGGAUGAGGAGAUGCCGGAGGAUCUCGACGGACGGAGACGCAUGCUCGCCGCCUACUGCAAGCUGGUCCUACGCGGCGUGCUGGACAUGAGCAUGGCGGCGGACAUCUUUACCUUCUACGUGAAGUAUCACCGCGACUUCGGCGACAUCAUCAAGGAGACCGUGCACAGGAGCCGACUCGUCGACAAGCUGGAGAGCACUCGUGCGCUGGUGCUCUCUUUACAGCAGCCGUUUGCGCGUCUCGAGCGCGAGCGGGACGCCGGAGGACCGCCUCCCGUCCGUCGGGGCGUCCGGACCUUGGGCGGCCUCAAGGAGCUGGCCAAACGCUUGGCCCUCACCUUCGGGGACCUCGUCAAGCUUCGCGAGUGCGUCGUCCUCAUCCACAGGAGCGGCAUCGAAUUCGUCUUCCUGGACUUCGGAAGAUCCGCCCCGGCGUUCCUGCCCUACUUGAGCGUCCUGGCCGAGUUCUCCAGCAAACUGCUCAAACCGGACAAGAGGACCGUGCUAGCCUACCUGCAGAAGCACACCUCGGAGCGCGCGGCGGACCUGAGGGAGGAGCGCUGGCAGCCGCUGCUCUACUACCGCGGCUCCCUAUUGGCCGAGGGGGACGCCGCCGGCUCCCACGGCAGCUCGGACAGGAAGCGGAGCGGACGCUCAAACCCGGCCAAGAACAAACGAGAAGGCACCAAGUCGUACGGACCACUGAGCCCCGCUGAGACCCAAGUCGGAAGAGAUCACUGUUUGAGUCCCAGCUUCUAUCUGGUGAUACUCAGCAGCACGAGCACUCGUCACGAGCGGGAAGCCCUCGUGAACAAAAGACGCCCCACUCAACCAACACGCUCGCCGUGUGACGAUGAAGAUGCUGUGGAAGUUGAAAAUUAAUAUAAAGCGAUUAACAGUAUUUCUCUGCAAACUCUCCAGUAAACAGCAUGUGUUCAAAUGUGCAUUAUUGAUCACAUUUGUACCCAAAUAAAACAGUUUCAUGUUGGGGA